UGACGUUGGUGUUGGAGUGAUGUAAGAGUGAGAGACGGGGGCGGAUCAGAGCCAGAGCUCUGUGGUAGUGAAGACUGAUCUUCACUUGAUUCAGCGAUAGUGCAGAAACACUCCGGCAGACUAAACCCAGCUCAGCUAGCACAGCUACUGAGAAUUCCAUUCAUGAAACUGAAUUUUCUUCUGUGGCACAACCCUGGACUCCAAAGGGCAGUAUAACGCCCGAUUUCUAAACUGAAAAAGAGUAUGUGCUCCAUCCAGUAAUACCUUGCUGAGCUGUAGAACUUUGUUGCAAAAAACAAAACAAAAAAAACGACGAAUGACACCAGCAGUACUCUGUGGAGUCCAAUGGAUUUUGUAAGAUCCUUUUCACUCUUCAAACGAUGGCUUCGUUGAGUUUGUGGAUAGGUGACAUUUGGAGUUGGGCAUCUGGAGGGAAACCGUGGAUAAAGGACUUAUUUAGCAGGGCUGCAGCAGCAAGAGGGGAUUAAUCGGUUCUUGCUUCUUGGAAGAAAAAGAAGAAAAAAACUUUAAGAUUUAAGAAGGAAGGAAAAAGAACUAAGCCAUGGGCAUACAGCAUCUUCUGCUGAUUUUAAUAUACUUGGACCCCCUGAAUGUACUGCUCUGUGCGGGAACAAGGACAAGAAACAAGAACGGGUCUCCAAGGCGGAAAGGGAAGGAGGUCAACAGCACUGCUAUUGCUCCAGUGGACCCCCCUAGGAAGGUUAAGCCGGUAAAAGCAGACCACGAUACGUGCCUCGGUUACUACGACGUGAGCGGACAAUUUGAUAAAGAAUUUGAAUGCAAUAACACCAGCCACCGUUACUGCUGUGGGAGUUGUUACCUACGCUUCUGCUGUGAUGAGAAAUUGAAAAGAAUCGAUCAAAAAAGCUGUAGAAAUUAUGUAAGUCCGGACUGGAUCCAAACCCCCGUACCUGGACCGCCUGAGCCUACAGUCAAUACCUACGACCCCAAUUUGGAUCAAACCAAUACAACAGUCUACAUCACGUGCGGGGUAAUCAUUUUUGUCAUCGUCGCUGGAGUCGCCGCAAAAGUUGCUUAUGAUAAAGCAACACGACCACCUCAGGAAAUGAAUGUUCACAGAGCCCUUGCAGACAUUUUAAGGCAACAAGGAGCCAGCCCAAUACCGCACUAUGAACGAGAAAAAAUAACGGCAAUAGAUGGAUCACCCAAAGAAAAUACACCUGUUCGUACUUCAAAAAACCAUUACACACCAGCCCGUACAAUGAAAAGCAACCACGGAGGGCACUACGGGAAGGAUAACUUCAGAAGUGGAGGGCCUGAUCUGCACAACUUCAUCUCAUCAGGAUUCGUGACAUUAGGAAGGGGGCACCAAAAAGGAGACCAGCAGUGGCCAGUGCAGUUGCUGUCCCAGUGCGGUAACCAUCAACACAAUUAUAACCACCUGGUACUUACAAGUCCAACCCACACACCUCCAAAUGAACACCCUCGGAUGAUGAACAGCAUUCUUACUUCAGCAACCGAACCCUACGAUCUAUCUUUCUCCAGAUCAUUCCAGAGUCUAUCUCACCUCCCACCGUCCUAUGAAUCCGCGGUUAAAGCUGAUAUAAGUAAAUAUUCCUCUCUGAAGAGAUUAACUGACAAGGAAGCCGACGAAUACUAUACAAGACGACGACACCUUCCUGAUUUAGCUGCCAGAGGAACUCUCCCACUGCACGUCAUAAAAAUGAAUCAAGAACAACAAGGCAAUUACAGAGAAAGGCCGAGAAGGGUUCAGAGGGCUAUGUCACAGGACAGAGUUCUAUCACCGGAGAGGGUUCCUCCUCCACAAGAAUACGGAGGCCGCAUCCUUUCUGACGAGCAACUCCUGUCUGCUGAGCGGCUUCAUUCCCAGGACCCCCUCCUUUCCCCUGAUAAGGUGAUGUCCCUCAAACGCUCUGGCUUUCGUGAAAAGGCCAUGUCUCGAGCCUUGUCUCACACGGAUGUAUUUGUGUCAACACCGGUCAUGGACCGAUACAAGAUGACAAAAAUGCACUCUCAUCCUAGUGCCUCAAACAAUGCGUAUAACACUUUGACCACGAGCCAGACUUCCAACAAGCGGCAGGCUUUUGCUUCGCGACGGACCCACACAGUGGAGCAGCUCCACUAUAUCCCAGGACACCACCACCACUACCGCACAGCGAGCAAAACUGAAGUAACUGUUUAACGAGAGUGCAUGAAAACAACAAAAAAAGAUCCCAGCAAAACAAAAUACAGUGACCUAGUGGUUCCAAGGUAAUCUCUCGGAGAUCCAUUUUUGAUGAGAUGUUUUAACAAAUGUGUUAGCUUUCAGCACCAGCUUUUCCCAGUCAUUCAAUUUGUUCAGACAUGAUGGUGAAUAAAUGGUGCAAAGGAAUAAUAGAGACCUCUUCUCUGUGUGCAUUCAACAGUUUCUAUCAAAGAAAGGCAUACAUUCUUAGGGCAACAAAUAAGGGCUUUGCACAUUGGCGCAGUAAGCUUAAUAGCUCCGGGGGUAAUCAUCCAAGACAUCCCAUUGAGUACAUUGUAAGCCUUGAGGGAUGUACUGCUAAGGGAACUGUCAUAUUACAUUAAAUAUUUGUGAUUUCAGUCCCAGUACUAGCUUUAGAGUUACCUCUUAUACCAAACUAGUGUAAGCACUUUUGUCAGUGCCUCUCAGAAAUGCCGCAUUUCAAUUAUGAAGUGGCUUUGUGGUUAAUAAGCACAAGAAAUCCAAAAGCUAUAUUCCUUUUUUUGUUUAAUGGCUAGCCUAUUUUAAAAAAAUAAAUAAAUCAGUUUUAUUGUAAAUAGGCUGUUGCAGCUUCUGCUAAACUGUGGGUUAUACGCUAUCAUUUGCAAUAUGAGAUUGCAAUUGCAGUAGCACAAGAAGGAUGAAAGAAAAGAGAGAAGACAAAUGGAGGACUUUACAACAUAACUGAAAUGAAAAUUAACUGAAUGGAUAGGCUGUACGUUUUUGAGUAGGAUUUAGGAUACAAACGAUUGGUUGGUAGUGCAAGUCAGACUGGCAGGUGUGCCGCAGUACACCAUAUGAUAGAUACAAUUCUUCUACAAUUAUCCUUUUUUUCUCUGUUGUCCCAUAUUUUCAAAGUCUUAAUUGUGCUAGGCCUGAAAAAGAUGCUUUCAUUUAAAUAUCAAUAAUUGUGUGUUGUUGUAAAUAAUAAUUGAAUAUGUCAACGUGGAAUAAUUAUUGUUGUCUUUUAAUUGUUUAAAUGUUACAGCUGUCAAGAUGUAGCUAAAAAUAGGCGACAAAGAAAUUAUUGUUCUAAAACUUGAUAGGAAAGGAUUUAAACUGUGAACUGUAUGCCCUGGUAGGUUUUGUUAAAAAAUGCCUUAUGCAGUAUCCAAACAAUUAACAGCAUUAAUUUGCAUUCUUUAAAUAGGUUUCAUUACCGUCUCCAUUUAAAUGGAAAUUGGCUUUUUUUUGUACUUCCAGCAAUUUAAUAUGGACAGGUAGAAUAUACCUCAAACUUGAAAGAGUUUCUUAUAUAGCUACAAAGUUUUCUUAAAAGAGGCUGGUGAAACACUGAGAGAAAUUACAGUAUUUUUUUUUUUUUAAUUGGUAUGUUUAUAAUUAAUUAAUUUUAAAAAAGGAGGAGGAUAUGAACCGUGUUCGCCUUGAAGUCAGCUAAUAAUCUCCUUUUAUUUUUAUUAGACUGAACACACUUAUACCCAAUAUAACAAGAUGACAGUAUGUCAGAAUGUUUAUCUACACUAAUUUUACCGAAGAGAAGGCGUGCAGAAUGAAGUGCCAAGUACGUGCCCCAAUGAUAAUUCUAAUUUGAUACGACUUGCACAAAUUCAGAGCCUUUUCGGAUAUGGAUCCUGCAUGGCAUUAAAAAAAUACCAAGUAUGAGUGGCUUUUUUUGAUGGAAACUGUUCUAAAUGAGAGGCAGGGGCAAAGACUUUAAUGCCUGAGCACAUCAAAAGCUGGCUGAUUGAGAUGUGUCUUUACAGGUGCCUACACUGAAGGACUGUUCUAUAUACGAGUAUUACAAUCAAGUGCAAAAGAGUGCUGUGCUGAGACAUGUAAAACAGUUUGAUAGUUUCUGUGUUGAUUAGGUGCUUUCACAUAGCAUCAUAUAAACUGUAAUGCAGAGCUGAUUAUAGCAGUACUCUAGUAACGUAGUGUAAUACAUGGGAGGUGCACUGCAAAGCACUGUUAUCAUCCAUGAACAAAACAUUCAGAUUUGCAGUUGUGUUAACAAGGACAUUGCAGUUAUUUUUGUUUGUUAAUUUACUACCAGUAUAUAUCUGAAUAAAACUAUCGGCUAUCUUUACUAGGAAAAAAAAAAAAAAACUACAUAUUUGUGUCUUCUAUUUGUA